GUCAAAAUCUGAUUCUUCCAAACGAAAACAAAAAUCAAGUAGCACAGCAGGGUGUUUCCUGGCAUUAGCUAUAUUUCUCCAACGGCAAUAAUUCUACAAUCAUUAUUAUUUCCAAAAUUGAAACGCUCUGGAAAGUGUAGAGAGAGAGAGAGAGGAGAAGAGAGAGAGAGAAAGAGCGAGGCUGAUUCAAAGUCCCGUUCUUUCAAAUCCAUCCAAAACAAAAGAGGAAAUUUCUCUAAAACCCUAGAUUUUUUUUGUUUUGUUUGGGUUGAUUAUUCCUUUCUCUCGAUCUUGUAAUUUCUGCUGGUUAAUUUGGGGGAAAAUUUCUGUGUUUUUAAUUCGUUGUUCUGAGUUGCUAGGUUGAAUUCAUUUUGAAAAAAAAAUGGGUAGCAAAAGGGAAGAUGAUAGAAAUGAAAAGAUAAUAAGGGGACUGAUGAAGCUCCCUCCUAAUCGCCGAUGCAUUAACUGCAACAGCUUGGGUCCUCAAUAUGUAUGCACGAAUUUUUGGACGUUCGUUUGCACGACAUGCAGUGGAAUACAUCGUGAAUUUACUCAUCGUGUCAAAUCCGUUUCCAUGGCUAAGUUUACUUCUCAAGAAGUGGAUGCACUUCAGAAAGGUGGUAAUCAGCGUGCAAGAGAGUUGUUUUUGAAGGCGUGGGACCCACAAAGGCAGAGGCUUCCAGAUAAUAGCAUUGCUGAUAAAGUUCGCGAGUUUAUAAAGAAUGUUUAUGUAGAUAAAAGAUAUGCCGUGGAAAAUUCAUCUGAUAGACCUCCUAGAGAUCCACAGAGUAUAAGAAGCCACGAAGAUGAGACGAGGCGAGCGAGCUCAUAUCAUUCAUACUCGCAAAGUCCGCCAUAUGAUUUUCAGUAUGAAGAAAGGCGUUAUGGGAAACAUGUACCUUCGCUUACAAGAAAGCCUGGUUCGGAUCGAGGCCUUUAUGAGGGGAAGCUGUCUAGUUUCUUGAGCCCUAGUCGUUUAAGUGACCAAGCGAACGAUGAAAGGUUUGCCAAUGAGGGAUCCAACCCCAGAGCCUCGGACUAUUCUGUUUCUGGUGGAGGCGAUACAUUUAAAUCUGAUGUGAUGUCACCUAACUCUCAGAGAGAAAUUGGGAGCCCCUUCAGUGAAACUUCAAGUUAUUUCUCUAGUGAAACUCACGGGCAUAAUGCUAAUAGUGGAAGCAAUGGAGGACGAACGAGAAAUACAUCUUCCGGAAGCUUUGGAUCGUUCGACUCGACGUCUUUCAGAUCAGGAAAUUCUGUCGGUUUUCAAGAAAUUAUCUCUCAGACCGGACAACCUGUACUUGAGAAAACUUCAUCUCUCCCUUGUCUACCCAAGUCUUCAAUUUCCACCAACUUUAAUGGCAUGGACUUGUUCAACGAGCCCUAUGCACCACAAGAUAUUACUUCUACGAAUACGACUGUUUGUAAUAAUACUCAAUGGCCAGAGUCGGUGUUAGUUCAAUCUGUUGAUUUGUUCCAGCAACAUCCUAUUUCUUCAGUCGCGGCAUUCAGUGAGCCACAACCACCACAAACCCUACAGCCUUCACCAUUAGUUGCUUCUUCUAAUGGGAAUACUUCUGAUGUGGUAAUGCCGAACAAUGGUGGAUGGGCGACGUUUGACAAUCCUAUCCCUGCCACAGCGCCAUCUUCUGAUGGGAAUAAUCGAGGAAAUUUUAACCCGUUUUCAAUUGAUCAUAGUUCUUCUUCAUCAACAAAUACACCUUGGCUUGAUGGUCGGCAAAAUGUUGAAACCACCACAAAUAAUGCUGGGUUCUGGAAUGCAUUUGAAGAUCCUCCUGCACAACAGCCAAUCCAUGAUAUUUUGAGAAAUAACGAUCAAGCUAACGUGCCCUGUGCUUCAGAUGCUAAUAAAGCUCACGGCUUUGCUGUGUAUGAGGCUAUGAAUGAUGGAAAUGUAAGGACUACAGAUGAGAUCGAACCUUCUCCAUCGAACUUUUCUUCACAUUUCAGUAUGGUGUUGAAUGAUUUCUCCAUGGCUCCAGCAGCGGCUGGAGUGCAUCCACCUGCAACUGGAAAUAAGCCUACCAAUCCAUUUGAUCUUCCCUAUGAUGCUGAAUUGGAAACCGGCAAUGUGACUCAUUUCUGGGACAUGAGCUCGUUGCAAGCAGCUUUACCGAGUAAUCAUAUGGCAGCUCCUUAUGUUGUUGAUGCAAACGAGGCCUGGUUUCCCCAGAAUUCUGUUCCGUACUAUACUCCUGGUGGAGUUGCAUUUGAUCCUUUAACUGCAAGCUCUUUGGGAUUUAUAGUUGGACAAGCGCCAAACACCCAGAUAUCGAAUGUUCCUGGUCAAGGGCCUGUUGCUGCAUCUAUUGGAGGAAAUCCUUUUGCAUAAUGCUCCGUUUUUUCCCGAUUAUGAUUAUCGUCAUAUUAAGGUUUUCUGGCCAUUUUUAUUUAUCAAAUUAAAAAAGAAAAAAAAAGAGAUCCAUAGUCAUUAAUGGAUUAGGGCUUGGAAGAAAUUGUCUACUACUUUUCUACUCAGAUACUCGUAGACAGUUGUUUGUUGUAUAUUAAGCAAGGGCAUCAAGCUGUAGCCUACAGUUACAGCACAGUUGUUAAAAUUGCUGCAGUGAAUAUUUUCUUUGCAGAUUCUUGUGAUGGAUGUUAGUUAAUGUGUGUAAUCUAUCUUUAGGUUGAUUUUAA